UCACAAUUUAGUCGCUUGUCAAAAUGGAUUCCAACAACAGUUAAAGAAAUACAAAAUUGGCUAGACCUUGUUUUAUGGAUGGGUUAAGUGCAAAUGCCAGAAAUAGAAAUGUAUUGGAGAAAUUCAAUUUUUUUUUUCAACAACGUCCUUAAAAGUUAGAACUAUGUGCUUAUUGUGCAAUAGGUAUGUUUGUCAAAUUUGUUUCAAUGACACACAUCGUAGCCCGUAGUGUUCUGAAGUAAAAUGUUUGUUAUAACUUUGUGAGAAAAUAAUUUUAAUUUUCAAAUUGUAUAGGUACUACCAUAUUGAAAUUAUAAAAAGUUUGUUAUUUUAUGUCAAUUAUUUUGAAACUAAGCUCCUAAAAAAUAAAAAUAUAAAAGAAAGCCUAAAAAUGCCAAAAAUAAUUUGUUGAACCGCCCAAUUUGAGGUAAACCACCAAAUACAAUUUAUCACCGCCAUUUGGCCUUCCGAGAUAGCCCAAAUUGCGAGAAACCGCCUAAUCUGGCAACCUUGGACUCAAAGGGAUCAUGUGGAUUACGCGGUUGAUAAUAAGAUUAUCAAAAACAGGUGAUAAGCAACCGGUAUUAUACAUUGAUAAUCAGAGUGCUAUACGUUUAGUUAAGAAUCUGGAAUUUCAUAAAAGCACAACACACAUGGACGUACGAUACCACUUCAUUCGGGAAAAGUGAUUAUUAAAUACCAACGUUGCAAAAAUGAGUGUACCGAAGACUAAAGAAACUCCCACUUACGCAUUUGGUACUGGAGUUUGGGUAAAAAAGCUCCAUCGUAUUUGGUGGCCGGGUAUAGUUGUUGAUCCCCUUACGACACCACAAGAAUUAGAUCUUGUGAACAAUGUUGAACAUAUUGCUAUUGUUAAAUUUGAACAAGAGAACAAAUAUGAAGUUGUUGGCAUAAAUGAUCAAAUAUUCCUGUACAUGUGUGAUCGCAAAAUAGAUUUUAUUGAAAAAGGACUCUCAUCAUUAAAAAAACAAAAAAAAAGAGUUAGUAAAACUGACGAGGAUAUGAAUAAUUUUAAGAAAGUGAUAAUAUCAAUGGAAAGUCUUUUUGGAGGUGAUGUGUGUAUUUUUGAAAAUUUAGAGGAAAAACAAAAAAUAGUGAAGUCGGUCAUCAAACAAUUCUCUCAGACAUUAACAAAAAAGUCUAAGAAGAAAAAAAUUAAAAAAAAAUCAUUAUUAGUACCUAAACCUGUUUCCAAACCAAGAAAAUCAACUCAAUCAAAAGUUGAUAAGACAUAUAAUGAACCAACAUCAUCAACUAUUUAUAGUUGCCAAUCAGAAGUUGCCUGUAACUUCACAACUAGUCGCCAUGUUCGCUUAGAACGGCAUAUUGCCUUAAUCCAUAAUAAUAAACGAAAGAAUUUAAAGACUAAAUCAGGGGUUAAAAAACAAAAACGGCAGGAAAAGUUAUUGAAUGAUUGUGACCACCGUGAUGAAAAUGAUGAACUCAAUACAAGCAAGGACAAUAAGGUACAAUUGUCUAGUAAUGUUACACAAUCUUCAAUUAAUGAAGAAGUUGUAGAAACAACGAGUGCAGUUAAUACUUUAGACCAAGUAAACAAUUUUGAAAAUUCAUCGAGUUGCAUUUCGAGUAGUAUAAAUAAUUCCGAUGCAAAUAUAUUGACUGAAGAUAACAAUGUUAUUGGUGUAUCUCAGUUAAGUGAAUGUAGAUCUCAACUAAUAGAAGGUUUGUUGGGGACUGAUAGUCUAUAUUAUAAUGGCAUAGUUACUAAUGGCGUUGAUAUUCCAUUAGUUGAAAAUAUUGAAACAGAAGACCGUACAAUUGUUGAGGAGAAUACUAAUGGCAAAGAGAAAGUUUCAAAUGAUGUAGAAGUUAAUCAGUUAAAUGUCACCACAAUCGAUAAGGCUAUGCCUAUCGAGAACUCUUGUUCUGUAGAUGAUACAUCUAAUAAAAUGGAUUGUGAAGAUGAAAUCACUAAAAAAAAGUACUGCCUAAUAGAUGGUAUACCAAACACUGAAUGGACGGAAGAAGACGAUUGGGAAUCCACACCAUCUACACCGAGAGAAGAGAUAAGUACGUUAAACAAUAUACUCAAAACUAAUCAAAAACAAGUAUUACUUAAAGAUUCUGAAGAUAAAGAAAGUUUAAGAGGAAAGUUUUCCUGGAAAUUAAUAAAAGGGUACAACGUACCCUAUAUCAUAAGAGUAAUAAAUGGUGAACAUUUAAAAUUUGUAUCUGUACGGAUGGCUUCAAAUCAGCUACACAACAAAAAUUUACACGCAGAUAUUUAUAAAUGCACAUUAGUAAAAAGUCAUUUUAUAACUGAAAAUGAAGCUUUGUUAUUAAAUGAGAUUAAUAGAGAACAUUCUGACUGUAAAUACGGGGAAGAAAUGUUUUUCGCAGGAAAAGAUUAUAUCAUCCAUUUAGAUGAUGUUUGUGAAUAUUAUACCUUCAUAGAAAUAUGUUAUGAACAAUUACUGGGCAAAAAUACUCCAGACCGAAAAAAUAAAUGUGGUUUUAUACUUAUUAACUCUGAAAGUUAUGUGCCUUAUUGUGUUAAAGAUAGCAGAACAUAUGUUCCACUAUUCUGCUUUGAAGGCACAGCCGAAAUAGAAAACCUAAGACAUGAUAUUAUAGAUAUAGAUAACUGGAACUUGGCCUAUCUCAAGUUCUGUUGUAAAGUCCAGGGUAUCAGAAAUAAUUUGUUUGCUAGUAACUCUUGUACAGUGAGCAGUCUUGACAAUAUCAAAAACUAUUUUCCAAGAGAAACAAUUUUUGAGGAUUAUUGGCCAAGCAAUAGGCAUAAUUCACAUCUCCUAGUUAAACAGAAUAACUCUUCUACCCAUGCCUGGACCAGAACGCUCACUGAAAUAGAACCUGGUGAAAAUACUAUUUCCCAUACUUUGACCACACCAGCAAACCAAAUGGGUUCAACAAUGUCUCAAUGCAGCAGUUUGAUAAAAAAUACCGGUCAUAUUGUACCAUCACCGCCUUUAGUCUGUGCAAGUAAUACAGCACCAGUAAUUGGUAAUACUGUUUCAUACUCCAACAUUGAACCUCCAACGCUACAACAGAUACAACAACUCAACACAUUGAGAAAUGUUGAGCCGAUUGUAAUUGUUCCGGCCACAGAGAUCAUUGACCUAACUUCCACACUGUCCACCCCUGUUCCUCCAACUGUGCAGGAGAAUUCUCUUCCUUAUGAACGGGAAUUGACGAGAAUACCACGACGGAAGUGUGCCCGUGACAUCUAGUCCUGCAUACAUAUGAGCAGUUGGCUGUGUUGCUGGAAAAUGGACGCAUCAGGUUGAUAGUUCCGGAAGAAACGCCAAUGGCCAUGCUACAUGAUAUCAAGCAUGUUUUGCUAAAGUUAAAUUAAUUGCAAUUGUAUGGUUUCACUACAUCGACAACAAGAUUCUAAUUCUGAAUGCCAAUAUAUUAUAUUUUUGGGUGUUUUGUUCCUAUAAUUAAUAUGUACAAACAAAAACAAUAUUUAUCUACACGGCCGUGACGUGUAUCUAUAUAUUAUAAUUUACUAUUACAAUAAUAUUAUAUAUUUUAAAUGUUAUGAUCAUAAUGGAUUUUUGUCAUUUUCCACUAUUUCAAUUAUUUUUGCAUUUAUUUGAAGUAUUAACUUGUAUAUUAAUUUUAAAUAAUACACAGAACAGUGUAAAAUAGAUAAUUGAUUAUUCUAUUAUUAAUAUUUAACUUUUGU